AUGGCUCGCGAUAGGUUUGAUGAGCCAAAUAUCGGCUGGUACAUCGCGUACUCGGGGCUGAGUCUCCUGGGCCUAAUCUUCGGCGACUUGGUCACCUGGCACACCAAUUGGGGAGAAUUUACAUCCCAGCCCACUUCAAGGAGCGUGCCUAUCGUCGAGCCCAAAUGGCACGCCAUAUAUUCAGCCAUCGGAGUUGGUGGGCUAAUUAUAAUCGGUGGCUGCACCGCAUUGUUUGCAAUGGUACUACUGAAAGCCAAGAACAGGCACCCUUUGGGGGAAUAUACCCCAACAACCUAUGAAGAUUUUGAAGGAGCAUACAGGCUCACGCGCCCUCCACCACGGAGAAAGUGGUGGAGGGUGCUCGGAGAGAACAUUCUGUGUUGUUGGGUCAAACCCAACAAGGUGUCGAUGAAUGAGCUCCUUCUUGAAGAAGGAAGGCUGCCACCUGCGCCUGUCAAUGCCCCCGUCAACCCGCCCGGUGAGAAUUGUUUGGCCGUAGGGAAAGACAAAGCAAGAUUAAAAGGGGAAGUCCAGGGCCCCUCUGUGUGA